GAGGGAGGGCAGCUCUGAGGAUAAAUGCACUCUUUCAUUUCAAAGUGAGAGAAAUCCGUAACUGGAGGAGGCACAUAUUGACAUCGACAGAGACGCACAGGGGGAGAAAACAAGAGUUUGGUACUUUUUAAGAAAAGCGGACCGGAUUAUGGAUAACAAGUCAUCAGAGGAACCGCGCUGAAGAACUCACCUCAAACUUUGGGCUUGAUGAACUCGUGUCUGAAGGAGAGUCUGAUCAUCAAAGACGCGCUCUGGAGUUCGUGGAGGGGGAGAAGGCGCGCUGCUGACGGACUGUUUGUGAAGGUGUUUCACAUUAGUGAUGGUUUAAUGACUCUGAACUGCAGCCUCUUGUUGGAUGGGACAGGUGAAGUGAUUUUUCACGCCGAACCAUGGGUCACUGAGGUGUCAAUUGAGUUGUUUUUGCUUUCUCCUCAACAACGAUUCAUACAGAUUAAAUACUUUGGUGUCAGUCAAAUAUUCCCACAGGGACUUUAACAAGCCCCAAAACGCCAGAAUCACGGACAAGACUUCUGAUGUGGAGUCGGUUUGUUUUAUUUUAAUCUAUAGCCUAUCUGACAGCCCAUGUCUGCCUUCGUAUACGGACCAGUCCUGGAGUGAGCCUCACGCACCAACAGGAGACAUGCCCCUGCAGCACCGUUUGACCGGAUUUUACGCAUCUCUGGGGGAAAGAGAGACCUGAAAAAGCGAGCGCGCGCGUGUGUGUGUAUAUGUGUGUGUGCGUGUGUGUGGUGGACGCCAAUGUACUGCAUUUCCUCCAGCUCAGGGGAGACCACAUUGUAAACAGAGAAAAACUGGGAGAACAUUUUUUUUACGAGAGAGAGACUGCUUUAAAUCAGUUUCAUAAAUGGAGUUCCGUAAAUACCUGUUGAGCCUGGAGUUCAUCCUCCUUCUUAUAGAGUUGUGUCAGUGUUUCAACAUAGAUGUAAAGAAUCCACGCAUCUUCACCGGUCCAGAGGACGCCUUGUUUGGCUUCUCUGUUUUACAGCAUGAAGCGAAUGGAGAGAAAUCUAUGCUGGUUGGUGCUCCCUGGGAUGGGCCGCCCAACAACAGGAAAGGAGAUGUGUAUAAAUGCAUUGUGGGGGAGGAGAGGAACUCAAACUGCAGCAAAGUGAAUUUAGGUGAGACAGCUCUCCGGAACGUUUCCAAAAACCUGAGGAAUUCUCAUCUGGGAAUGACCCUCACUCCUGAUUCACCUGACGGCUUCCUGGCAUGUGCCCCACUGUGGUCUCAGGAGUGUGGUACAUCUAUGUUCAGCACUGGCAUCUGUGCCUCUGUCAGCGAUGACCUUGAACCAAGAGAGACCAUCUCUCCAACAGCACAAAGAUGCUCCACAUACAUGGACAUUGUGAUCGUGCUGGAUGGCUCCAACAGUAUCUAUCCCUGGUAUGAGGUUCAGAACUUCCUCAGCAACAUCCUCAGCAAAUUCCACAUCAGCUCAGACCAGAUGCAGGUUGGUAUACUGCAGUAUGGUGAGGUAGCAGUCCACGAGUGGUCGCUGAAAGACUACCAGACCACACAGGACGUGGUGGAGGCUGCCAAGAACAUCAGCCGACAGGAGGGACGAGAGACGCGCACCGCGUACGCCAUCCACAUGGCCUGCACAGAGGCGUUCAGUGCUGACCGUGGUGCGAGGGAGGGAGCAACCAAGGUGAUGAUCGUAGUGACCGACGGCGAGUCACAUGAUGGGGAGGAGCUACCGGACGCUCUGGAGGAGUGCGAGAAGAGAAACAUCACGAGAUACGCCAUUGCUGUUUUGGGUCAUUAUAUCCGCCGGCAGCAGGACCCUGAGACAUUCAUUAGUGAGAUAAAAUAUAUCGCCAGCGACCCCGAUGAAAAAUUCUUUUUCAACGUGACGGAUGAAGCCGCACUCAAUGACAUUGUGGAUGCCCUGGGAGAUCGGAUCUUCACUCUGGAAGGCACGCUGGGCUACAACGAGAGCUCAUUCCACAUGGAGAUGUCUCAGAUCGGCUUCUCCACACACACACUGGACGAUGGCAUUUUGUUUGGGAUGGUCGGUGCCUACGAUUGGGAUGGUGGAGUUUUGAAGGAGGGGACCAAUGGACGCAUCGUGCCGCCCAGAGAGGCUUUUGAGAGCGAGUUUCCGCUGGAGCUCAAAAAUCACGCCGCUUAUUUAGGUUACACAGUGUCAUCAGUGACAGUUGGUGACUGGAGGAGGCUGUAUGUAGCUGGGGCUCCUCGCUUCAAACACAAAGGCAAAGUCAUCCUGUUUGAACUCAGUGAUGACGGCGAUGUCAACAUUGUACAGGCCCUUAAUGGAGAUCAGAUUGGCUCCUACUAUGGCAGUGAGGUGUGUGGGUUGGAUAUUGACCAGGAUGGCAUCACCGAUGUCCUUCUGGUUGCUGCUCCGAUGUACCUCGGCUUAGGAAACAAGGAAGCUGGUAGAGUCUAUAUCUACACCGUCAGUGGGGAGGAGGUGUUUGUGUCCAAUGGAACUCUGAAGUCAGAGGAAAAGUCCCAGGACGCCAGGUUUGGUUAUGCGCUGGCAGCCGCCCCUGACCUCAACCAUGACGGCUUCACCGACUUGCUGGUGGGAGCACCACUGGAGGAUGAACACAGGGGGGCCAUCUAUGUCUACCAUGGAGAUGGUAUUUACGUCAAUCACAAUUACAAACAGCGUAUUGCAGGGUCAUCGAUUUCCUCCUCCCUGCAGUACUUUGGCCGCAGUUUGAGUGUUAGGUUGGACUUGGAUGGAGAUGGGCUAAUAGACUUGGCAGUGGGAGCACAGGGCAGUGCUGUACUACUCAGCUCUCGUAGCAUAGUCCAGAUCAAUGUGAGCCUGUCUUUCAAGCCGCACUCCAUCAACGUCAUUCAGAAGACCUGCCAGAGAGGUGGCAGAGAAUCGGCCUGUCUGGACGCCACUGCCUGCUUCACAGCUGUCUCCCGCUCCCCUGGAUCACACAGCAACAGCUUUGAUCUGUGGGUGUCUGCGAUGCUGGAUGACAGGAAGUUGUCUGCACGCGCCCUGUUUGACGACAGCUCCCACAGACAGACCCAGCUGGCAGUCCGAGUUCACACAGGACAAACUCUCUGCUACAACCUGCCCUUCCAUGUUUAUGACACGGCAGAUUACAUCCGGCCAAUCAGCUUCUCACUGCGGUUUAAGAUCAACAACACUGACAGUGGCCCGGUGUUGGACGAAGGCUGGCCAACUACUGUCAAGAAAUCUAUCGCGUUCUUCAAAGACUGUGGUGAGGAUGAUGUGUGUACAACAGACUUGGUGCUGCAGGCUCAUAUGGACAUCUCUGGGACAAGACAGAAGCCUUACGUGAUCCGCAGCCCUCGUAGGCGUCUGGCGGUGGAGGUGCAGCUCCAGAACCGACUUGAAAACGCCUAUAACACCAGCCUGACGCUGCACUACUCACGCAACCUGCACUUCUCCAGCCUCAGCAUUCGGGAGGAUGCCCACUUUAAGAUUGAGUGUACAGUGCUUGGCGCUAACAGCCACUUGUGUAACGUCAGCUAUCCAGUUUUUCGCUCCCAGUCAAAGGUUAACUUCAUGUUGGAGUUUGAGUUCAGUUGCACAUCUCUGCACAGUCGAGUCCAGAUGAAGCUCAAUGCUGCCAGUGACAGUGUGGAGAGAGAGGAUACUUUGGGAGACAACAGUGUUCAGCUGCAGAGUUUUGUUCAGUAUGAACCAGACCUGUUUGUUAGCAGUGACUCUAAUUUGAACCGAUAUGAGGUUCACCCCACUCGAACUGUGUCAGAGUCAAUUGGACCAGAGUUCUAUACACACCUCAGGCUGCAGAACCUCGGCUGUUACUCUGUGAGUAAUGUGGAGUUGAGGCUGCAUCUGCCCUCUGUGGCUGCAGGAGACAGAGUCUUCAUGACCGUCACCGAAGUCUUCUCAUACAACGCUACUGGAGUAACCUGCACGGUGAUAAGUGAUCUGGCCCAGCUCAAGACCAGACACAGAGACGUACGUCCCCUUCAUCCUGAAGACAUGAUGCAGAACGACAUACUGAACUGUAGCAGGUCCUGGUGCACAGAGGUUGUGUGUGAAGUCCAGCAGCUCCUGAGAGGGCAGUCUGCAGUCAUUCGCGUCAGCCGCAGAGUCCAUGAUGACUUCUUCAGAAAAGCCAAAUAUAAGUCGGUGAGGAUAAUAGGUGCCUAUCGGCUCGCACCUCAGGAGACUAACCUCAUCACUCUGGACACAGGAACCUACUGGAGGGAGACUGUACUUGAAGUGCUAAAGGGCCGAGCUAUUCCCAUCUCACUCUGGAUUCUGAUUGGCAGCAUCAUUGGGGGUUUGCUGCUACUUGCCCUCAUCAUUUUCGUACUGUGGAAGCUGGGCUUCUUCACACGCAAACAGAGAGGAGAGGAUGAGAACCAGGAGGACUGAGCCCAACGUUCGCUGCCAUGACAACUGCCAAAUGAGCUGAGUCCACAGAGAGUCCUGGGACUGUCCUCGCGUCACCAAUGCAACUUCAG